AUGGAAGGUAUACCGAGGGCGCCUAUGCAGGCAAUACCACGUAAAAUUGCAUCUGGGGACUUUCCAGAAGAUUUUACAAUUAAAUUAAAAGAGUAUAUAUUAAUUCAUUAUCAAAAUGAUCCACAUAAAUUUGAAAAUGGUUUAAAUGAAUUAAAAAAUAUGAGACGACAAUUUAAAAAUUUUCAAUGUGAUAUAGAACAAUUAUUAAUUAUGAAAAGAUAUUAUUGUCAGAUGACUUUAAUGAAAAACAGAUUUCCAAUGGAAAAAGGUGAUGAAAUGGCAAUAUCCUUUGCAUGGAGUGAUUCACCUGAUGAUUUAGUUGGUGGACAAUGUCAUAAAGAUAUAAAUUAUGAAUUAAUAUCAAUACUUUAUAAUAUUGCAGCAAUUCAUUCAUCAAUAGCAUCUAAUGAAAUGAGAAAUAAUAAUGAUUCAAUAAAAAAUGCAUUUAUGAAUUUUCAAUAUGCUGCAGGUGCAAUUAAAAUGAUUUUAGAAAAUUUUGAAGGUAUAGAUGUUGGAGUACCAGAUUUUGCACGUCCAUAUUUAACCUGGUGUUGUUCUCUUUUUAUUGGACAAGCUCAAGAAUGUGUUUUGGAUAAAGCAAUAAAAGAGAGUCGAAAGAAUCUUGUAAUAGCUCAAUUGGCUGCAGGAUUAGUAACAAUGUAUUCAGAAUGUUCUGCUCAAUUACAUACUCCAGCACUUCAUGAAAUAAUGGGAUCAUCUGUUUUAGAAGAUUCUAGAAAAUAUUUAUCAAUAAAAUCUAAUCUUUUUUCAGGAAUUAGAGAUUAUUAUAUGGCUUUACAAUGUCAUACUGAGGAGAAAUAUGGACAUGCUGUAAAGUACAUUGAAUUAUCAAAAAAAAGUAUUGAUACAGCAGUUAAUAUUAUUUUAAAAAUAAAAAAUGAACAAUUAAAAAAUAUAUGUUUUCAUGUUCAAAAAAUUAUUACAGAAGCAAGUGAAAAAAUGCAUAAAGAAAAUGAUAUGAUUUAUUGUGCUAAAAUUGUUGGUCUUGAGGAUUUACCUGCAUUAGAAGGAAAAGUAAUGGCUGAAGCAAUUAAAUUUGAUCCUAAUGAUAUAUCUGUAUCUGGUGAUGAUAUUUUUGGUGGACUUUUACCUACUGAAGUUAUAAAAGGUGUUUCAUUAUUUGAGCAAAAAAAGAAACAAUUUAAAGAUUCAAUUAUAAAAAAAAUAGAUAAAGCUGAUGAAGAAUUAGAUUCUUUUCUAAUUGAACUUCAUUUAGGUGAUCUUAAUCUUGAUAAAGAUAUAGUUAAUUUUGAUCUUCCUGAAGAAUUAUUAACGUGUAUUGCUUCGUUACAAUCACAUCCUGAUACUUUUUCAAAUUUUCUUACUACACUUGAUGAAGUAAUUGAAAUGAGUAAAGAAACAGAAAAAUGUAUAAAUUCUACAAUUGAAACAAUUAAUAUUGUAUCAGGGAAAGGUAUUAUAGAACAAGGAUUAAUUGAAAAAAUGCGUCAAAAUAUUAAUGAUAUUCAGGAAAGGCAUAUUCAAGCUAAACAGGUUAAUGAGAAUCUUCGUCAAGCAGCUGGAACUCAUUCAUGUAAUAUAAAAUUAUUAACACUUUCUGUUCCUGAAAUUCGUGAAAAGAUAAAUGAAUAUUGUAUAGAUCUUGUUUCUUUUGUACCAUCAGAAACAGAGGAAGAUAUAGAAAAUAAUCAAGUUUACAAAGAAUUGAUGGCUGAAAAAUAUGGGGAUCAAGAGGUUGUUUGUAAAAAAGCUUUAGAGAAACAUGAUAAAUCUUUAAGAUUUUUAGAAUUAAAUAUUAAUGCUCAGGAUGCAAUAUUAAGUGCACUAACUGAUGCUAAUGCAGCUUUUGCAUCUAUAAGAAAAACAAUUCAAAAUGUUAAUUUGAUAAGAGUUAAAAAAGCUGCAGAAUUGGUUGCUUCAUAUGAAUCUGUUGAUCUUGGAUUAAAAGGAGUCACAAAUGGAAUAACAUUUUAUAAAGAUGUAUUAAAAAUUUUAAAUCCAAUAUCUAAAACAGUAAAUUCUUGGAAAAUUAAAUAUGAAAAAGAAAUAGAAAAAGAACAAAAAAACAAAUUAUAUGAAGAAGAAAAAGUAAAAGAAAGAAUGAUGGCAAAAGAAACUGAUGAUUUUAUGAGUUUUUUUGGUGCUAAUAAUUUAAAUCAAGAAAUACCAAUUAGAAAUAACAUUGAAAAACCAAAAAAAAUUGACAUGAUGACAUUUUAUCGAGAAAAAAUGAAUAGAAAAAAUACUAUUAACAAUCAAUCUUUUUCUACUAAUAAUGCUGUUAAUCAAAAUAUAUAUCAACCUACUAAUUACAAUAAUUUUCAACAAAAUACAAUACCAAUUAAUAAUUAUACUUCUCAAUUUAUACCAGAAAACAAUGUUAUUCAAAAUCAAUUUGGACAAUAUUGUAAUGUACCUCACCAUAUAUCAGUAAAUAAUCCAACACCACCAAUAAAUACCCCAAUAAACGUUCCAACACCAUCACUAAAUACCCCAAUAAACGUUCCAACACCAUCAAUAAAUACUCCAAUUAACGUUCCAACACCAUCAAUAAAUACUCCAAUUAACGUUCCAACACCAUCAAUAAAUACUCCAAUAAAUGUUCCAACACCACCAAUGAAUACUCCAAUAAAUGUUCCAACAUCAACAGUUAAUACUCCAAUAAAUGUUCCAACACCACCAAUAAAUAUCCCAGUAAAUGUACCAACACCAUCAAUUAAUACUUCAAUAAAUGUUCCAACACCAACAGUUAAUAUUCCAAUGCCACCAUUGAAUCCUUCAACAGGUACUCAAGGAAUAAUUCCUCAAACUAUGAAUACUUCAACAAUAAUUUUACCUUCUCAAAUCAAUAUUAGGAAUCAACAACCAUAUAUAAAUAAUAUGACAGAUACAACACAAAACUAUUCUAAUUUACCUUUUUAUUCAUGUCCUGUUGUAAAUAAUUAUUCAGAGAAUAAUAUGUCUGGAUCUUUACAAAAUCAUCAACAAACUAAUUAUUAUCAAGGAAUAAUGUCAAAUCAACAACCAAAUCAAGUUACUAUUGAUGAUCUUCUUGGAGAUUUCAAUACUUUAGAAAUUAAUAAAAAUGAACAACCAAAAUUAGAAGAAUAUGUAUCACCAUUUCGUCAGGGUAUGCCAGAGCUUCCACCAAGAAUGAGUACAAUGGAUAAUAAAACAUAUAAAUCACCUUUUUUAAAUCAAUUGUAA